UCUUUCCUCUCUCGGCGUUUCGAGGUCCAAAGCCACCUCUUCUCACCUUGGUCCUCGAGGGCCGCGAGCUCCGUGAUCCGAGUUCCCUCCCGUUCCAGAUACAAUCAUCGUGCUUUCCUCCGCUUGCCAUCGGUUCCGGUCUUCCGAGAGAGAGAUUUCGAGGACGAUCUCGCUUCAUAUUGCUUCGGUGUCGGGUUAAGCCAGGAUCCCGCCGAGUCGAAGCGAUCUGAGGUUUCUCCAGCUUCUCAGCUUCCAAUAUAGGAUUUCUUGGAUUUAUUUGACAACUCGUUGGAGGGAUUCGAGGUUUGGUUGCUAGAAUGUGCAGAUGGAGAAGGGUAGGGAGGGCGACGAUCGGAUUGGAAGGCUUAGGGUUUGUUGCCCGUGAUUUUUAAACCAAGGAUUUGAUUUUUGGAUUCUUUGGUCAAGAAAGCUUGGGGAUCCAGGGUUUCCGGUUUUCUUUUUGUUGGUUGUUUCUGUUCUCGUUUUAUGCGCGAGGAAGGAUUUGGUUGGAAUGGAUACGGAUAUGGUGAGGGACAUGGCAUCACUUGACCCGGAGCUGCUGCAGCUUCCGGAGGUAUCUCAAUUAGCUCUGAAGGAGAAACCUAAAAUAGCUGAAGACCUGUAUUGCCAGUGGCUCUCAUUGCCAGAAACGAGGAAAUUGGUUAAGUCAUUGAUUGAAGAUGCAAAAGCAGGUUCACCUUUGAAUGUUGCUGGCAGCUCUGGUACUGCAAUUGCUGCUGCUAACAAUUCACUGCCUUCCAUGUUUCCUGCUGGCAGUGUGCCUCCUCUCUCACCUAGGAGCACAUCUGGAUCUCCUCGUUUUAUGAAGCGUAGUAGUUCAGCAGCUGGACCUUCACCUUUUGGUUCUCCACUAAAAUUAGUUAAUGAACCUGUCAAAGAAGUUAUACCUCAGUUCUACUUCCAAUAUGGGCGUCCUCCUCCAAGAGAACUGAAGGAACAAUGCUUAUCUAGAAUUGAUCAUCUUUUCUUUGGCAACAUGGACGGACUACAAAUACAAGAAUUCAAAACCCUGACAAAGGAAAUCUGCAAGUUACCAUCAUUUCUUUCCAGUUCUCUUUUCAGAAAAAUUGAUGUUGAGUGCACUGGAAUGGUAACAAGGGAUUCAUUCGUCGAAUAUUGGAUUAACAGUAACAUGAUGAUAAAGGAUAUAGCUACACAAAUAUUUACCAUUUUGAAGCAACCGGACCACAAGUACCUUACUCAGGAGGACUUUAAACCAGUCCUGCGAGAACUUUUGGCAACCCAUCCAGGUUUGGAGUUCCUACAGGGAACCCCUGAGUUCCAGGAUAGAUAUGCUGAAACUGUCAUAUACAGAAUCUUUUACCAUGUGAAUAGAUCUGGAAAUGGUCAACUUACCCUCAGAGAGUUGAAACAUGGAAACUUAAUUGCUGCGAUGCAGCAUGCUGACGAAGAGGAGGAUAUUAACAAAGUCUUGAGAUACUUUUCAUACGAGCACUUCUAUGUGAUCUAUUGUAAGUUCUGGGAACUUGAUACAGAUCAUGACUUCUUGAUUGAUAAAGAGAACCUUAUCAGAUAUGGAAACCAUGCACUGACCUACAGAAUUGUUGAAAGGAUCUUUUCACAGGUUCCCAGGAAAUUUAAAAGCAAUGCUGAUGGCAAAAUGGGCUACGAAGACUUUGUGUAUUUUAUACUAGCAGAGGAGGAUAAGUCUGCUGAGCCUAGUCUUGAGUAUUGGUUCAAGUGUAUAGAUUUGGAUGGGAAUGGAAUUUUAACUGCCAAUGAGAUGCAAUUUUUCUAUGAGGAGCAGUUGCAUCGUAUGGAAUGUAUGGCGCAAGAACCUGUGCUCUUUGAGGACAUUUUGUGCCAGAUGAUUGAUAUGAUUGGAUCUGAGAAUGAGAGCUACUUUACAUUGCGUGACUUAAAAGGCUGCAAACUUUCAGGAAAUGUUUUUAAUAUCCUUUUUAAUCUCAACAAAUUCAUGGCAUUUGAAACUCGUGAUCCAUUUCUCAUUCGGCAGGAAAGGGAAAACCCAACUUUGACUGAGUGGGACCGUUUCGCACAUAGAGAAUAUAUUAGAUUGAGCAUGGAGGAAGAUGGUGAAGAUGCCUCCAAUGGAAGUGGAGACAUCUGGGAUGAAUCACUUGAGGCUCCUUUUUGAAGAUAAUUCAUGGCACCUGAUCAAAAGAUUUGGUUUCUGGAAGCUUCCCAGAAGCUGCCCAAGGAGCAGCUACAUAGCUUGCAUCAGAUAUUCCUUUGGCAGAAAUUGGUAGGAGUGCCUGCCUUGGUUCUAUAAUUUCAACAGAAAGGUUUAGUUCCAUGUGUAUGUUUCGAUGAUGUGCAAAGUUUUGCUCUCAAGGCAUGUGAAAGCUAGGUAGCUUUCUGGAGUGAGUGGCUCGAUCUGGUAGUGCCAAGCAAGAAGGCAAGACUUUUUGUUUGUUGUCAACAAGAGAGCUCUCUCUC